AUCGAUUCAUGCGACGUGGUGGUGGAAGGUAGUGUAUAUAUCGAACGAUUACGUAUUACGUCAAAGCCUGAAAGCCACGCAGCUUGGUGUCAGUGCCAGCUGAGUGUCGGUACAGGCAAGAAUUCACGGCGGAACCAUUUUGGAGCGCGUGUCGUUGUACAGUGUGGCAUUCCAUCUAUUACAUAUAUAAUUAUAAAUAAGAAUCGCUUCUCACACACCUGUAAUAAAUCAUGUUUACGGAUGUCGACGAGUGUUACAUCGAGAUCUUGCGGCUUGUGAAACAGGCUGGUUCGAUUGUCAAUGAAAAGAUUCAUCAACAUAAAGAUGUAUUCACAAAAUCGUGCGAUGUCGAUUUGGUUACAGAAUGGGAUCAAAAGGUAGAGAAACUUUUAAUCGACGGAAUAUCAUCCAAAUAUCCUGAUCAUAAAUUUAUCGGCGAAGAAAGUACUGCUAUGGGCCAAAAGAUAGAACUAACAAAUGCGCCAACAUGGAUAAUCGAUCCGAUCGAUGGCACAAUGAAUUUCGUUCAUGGUUUACCGCACACGUGCAUAUCGGUUGCGUUACUUAUUAAUAAAACGGCGGAAAUAGGAAUAAUAUAUAAUCCGAUUUUGGAACAGCUUUUCACCGCCCGUAAGGGUCAGGGCGCUUUUCUUAAUGGCGCCCCGAUUCACGUAUCCGACAAAAAGGAAUUACGUAAUUCACUGGUAAUGAUAGAAAUGGGAACGAGCAGAGAUCCGGAAAAAUUGGAAAUAGUAUUGCAAAAUAUAAAGAUCCUUACAACACGUAUUCAUGGACUGCGAUCGCUUGGUUCGGCAGCUUUGAAUAUGUGUAUGGUAGCUCUCGGUGGUGCUGAUGUUUUUUUCGAAUUUGGUAUACACGCAUGGGAUAUUGCAGCCGGAGAUCUUAUUGUUCGAGAAGCUGGCGGUGUGACGAUAGAUCCAGCUGGAGGUCCGUUUGAUGUGAUGAGCAGAAGAGUACUAUGCGCAUCAUCGAUUGAAUUAGCUCAAGAACUUUCCAAAAUAUUAAUUCAGUAUUAUCCAGAGCGAGAUUAAGAAGCUUCAAAGCUUUGAAGACGAGGAAGAAUUUAUGUUUGCAUGUCAGAUUGGAUAUAUGCAAAUAUUAUUUCCUAAAAGCAAGAAAAAUAAAUUGAAGAUAUAUUAUAUAGAAAAAUUUAAGGUAUGCGAGUUUACUUUAGAUUAAAAAAAUAUCGAUGUAAUUAUGAAUUUUUCUUCUACUUUUACUUUUGUGUAAAAUGGUUUAAAAAAUUGUGUGUAAUAAACUUAUUUAUGUACUUAUAUAUAAAACCAACAUUUUAUAUGUAUAAUAAUGAUAUAUUUAUUGAGAGAUAAAAAUCUAUAUAGAAAAAGGAUAAAACCGAAUUAUUUACUAAUACGAAAUUAUUACACUUAAAUAAUAAUAUAAAAAUAGCCACAUACAUUGAUA